UGGUUGUCCUCUUCUUACAUUUUWCAUUACUAUAUAUAUCACUGUUGUAGGCUUGUAGCAGUUGUAGCACAAGUACAGUACUACAGUGUACACUGCCGUAAUUCUAGCUGACAGCAGUCAGCACAAUUUUCGUUGCCUUUGCGUCUUCCAUGUCCCGCUACUCUACCGUUGACCUUGCUUAACUUCGUUGCUCCCUUCUUCCUCGCUUAGUGUAAUGAAAUAAGUAAUAUACAUUUAAAAUAAAAYUGAACUAAAAAAAGUAACUUAUCAUACUUCGUCAAUUCAUUGACCGUGAUCCGUGACCUCUAGAGGUCGUUUCGUUGGUACUGUCUUCAAACGCACGGUUUUAAAAUAGACUAAAUAGAGUGAUACAGCAGACACUCGCGGACAUCGCGGUUGCUCAAUUGAUAGUGGGACACACAUCAGACAAUACGUUACUAUUAAUUGUCCAAUUGUCAGGGCUGAACAUGAUUGAAUAGUAACKUUAAUAUAAUACCUAUACAUAUUAUAUUGUCUGAAACAUCGUCCUCGUUCUGAGUUCAAAACCUCCUAAUUUUAUUUCGUUUGUACACAGAACAACAUUAUGGAGGAAGAUCAAAAACGAUUCAUCGAACGGGGUUCUCAUAAAGGAAAAGGACUUGCUGUUUUUACCAGUGGUGGUGAUUCGCAAGGUAUGAAUGCUGCUGUCCGUGCUGUUGUUCGUAUGGCUAUAUAUCUUGGUUGCAAGGUGUUUUUUAUUAAAGAGGGUUAUCAAGGUAUGGUGGAUGGUGGGGAUAACAUAGAAGAAGCUAAUUGGUCUUCGGUGUCAUCUAUAAUACAUAAGGGUGGUACUGUCAUUGGUUCAGCACGAUGUAUGGAUUUCAAAGAACGUGCCGGACGGCUUAAGGCUGCUUGCAACCUAGUGAAACGUGGAAUUACUAAUUUGGUAGUAAUUGGAGGAGACGGUUCUCUAACAGGAGCUAAUCUAUUUAGACAAGAAUGGUCUAGUCUUCUAGACGAACUAUUGCAAACUUCACAGAUUAAUAAGACAGAACGUGAAAAAUAUAAACAGUUGAAUAUUGUCGGAAUGGUUGGUUCUAUUGAUAAUGAUUUUUGUGGUACUGAUAUGACAAUUGGCACGGAUUCCGCAUUACAUCGCAUAAUGGAUGCAAUUGAUGCUAUUGUUUCAACGGCCUAUUCACAUCAGAGAACAUUUAUUAUGGAAGUAAUGGGACGCCAUUGCGGGUAUUUAGCUUUGGUUACGGCAUUGGCGGCAGAAGCCGAUUUUGUAUUCAUUCCAGAAUGGCCGCCUCACCAAGAUUGGGCGUCGAAAAUGUGUAAAAAAUUGCUACAGGAACGGACAGCGGGCCAGCGUUUAAACAUCAUCAUCGUGUCCGAAGGUGCCAUUGACCGUGACGGAAAGCCGAUCACUGCUGAGAUGGUGAAACAAGUGGUAGUGGACAAYUUGAAACAGGACACGCGGAUUACGGUCUUGGGUCACGUCCAGAGAGGUGGGGCUCCAUCGGCUUUCGAUAGAGUUUUGGGGUGCAGAAUGGGAGCGGAAGCUGUCAUGGCUUUGAUGGAAGCUACUCCGGAAACCGAAGCUUGCGUUGUGUCGUUGGAUGGUAACCAGGCGGUUCGUUUGCCACUGAUGGAAUGUGUCGAAAAGACUAAAGCAGUGGCCAAAGCGAUGGCAGACAAAGAAUGGGAAUUGGCCGUCCAACUUAGAGGAAGGUAA